AUGUUUACCCUUCCUUUGAUCCUGGUCGCUGGCGGCCUCUCCACUCUCUCUUUCGGAGCUCCUCUUCCCUCAAACACAGAGACAAACUCAUUCAUUCAUUCCGUACAAGACCGUGCUGCAUUUUCAUACAAGGUAUACUCCGGUGAUGGAAAUAUCAAUGUAGGAUGGCCUACACAAAGUGAAUGGAUUUCAAGCUUCGACACCAUGUUCGACAACCAAAACAGUGUCUUGAAAACUUCCUGCACUCAAUUCCACGCAGACAACAACUCCGAUGACGAGAUCUCCGACCUCAAAUCCGCCAUCUCAGAAGUCGCUACUACCACCGGUAUUGACAGCCGAUUCAUUCUCGCCAUCAUCAUGCAAGAAUCGAACGGAUGUAUCCGCGCUCCCACAACCGUCUACUCCAUCUCCAACCCAGGCCUCAUGCAAUCCCACGAGGGAAGCGGAUCAUGCAAUUCCGGCAGCUCAGUUCAAAACCCAUGCCCCAAGAGUGAAAUGGUUCAAAUGAUCACGGAUGGAACAGCGGGUACUUCAUCUGGCGAUGGACUCAAACAAUGCAUUACCGGAAGUGGUGCUACGGAUGUGAGCAUGUAUUACAAAGCAGCUAGAAUCUACAACUCGGGUUCCAUUGCCUCGGGUGGAAAUCUUGGGGAUGGCGUGGCUACUCAUUGUUAUGCAACGGAUGUUGCCAAUCGUCUCACGGGAUGGUAUACCGGGACUAGUUCUUGCGAUUCGUCGGUCAUUGGUACACUCUUUGGUUCAUCUGCAUCUCCGGGUUCCAGUGCAAUUAGCUCGUUGGUAGCCAGUGCCAGUUCGGUCGUUGCCUCCGUUGUCUCUUCAGCAGUUUCAGUGGCUACUCCUAUUUAUUCGGUCCCAAGUCUCUCGAUCCAACCUUUCAUUACAUCAGCUCUUGCCCCAGUUGCAUCCGCAGCAGGUGGCAUAUUUGCACAAUCCUCCUCUGCCUCCUCUGCCUCGUUAACCUCCUUAAUCAUCGCAACACCCACCUCCCUAACCUCAGCUAUUUCCGUCCCAACAGCCGCCCCCUCAACCACUCUCGACUCCACAUCCAUCGCCUCCAUCAUCCCCACCGCCUCCCUCCCCAUUACCAUAACAACCGCUACCGCAUCUCCCACCACAACUACCCUCUCAUAUCCCUCCAUUCCUGCCUCCUCCUCUUCCUCUUCCUCUUCCUCUUCAAACACAACCCAUACCCCCGGCACCGCAUGCACUUCCCCCGGCCAAUGGAAUUGCAUCGACGGCACAUCAUUCCAACAAUGUUCCUCGGGCACCUGGUCCACAGUAGGUGGAUUGGCAGCCGGAACCGAGUGUACGGUGGGAGAGGGAACUACGAUUGAUAUUUUCGCGAUCGAUGGUGCGAGUAAACAUAAGAGACAUGCGCAUGCGAGAGGAUUGAUGCAUGGUCACUUACAUGCGAAGAGGGGUGUGCAGGUUUUGAAAUCUUGA